GAGAUUUACAGGUACGUCACUGUUAUCUGCUAUGUGUACCACGUGAUACACAUUUUCCCAGAAGGUCGUACAAACAGUUGUAAACAAUGGCAGCUUCUGAUAAGAUGUAUGCGGUAAAAUUGACAGAAAAUGAUGUACCUGGAGCUAAAUUUCGCUCAUGUGAUAUAUCUGAGCAUUCAGUUGUUGAAUUACAGAGAUGGUUACAAUGUCGAGGAUUAAAAUUGUCCGGAAAUAAACCAGAACUAAUUGACAGAUGCAAAGCCUGUCUUGAAGCUGGGGGCAAGAAUGACAUUGUGGUUUCAAUUGAUGAGGGCAAAUGGUUUCAAAAAAAAGUCCAAGAAGUAUUAGCCAAUGUCCAAAGCACAGACACAUCAACAGUUCCUGUUCUGCCAGUGACUGGCUGGAAAGACUUCCCUUCUGCAAGUCUUCCAGAAGGAUAUUGCUAUGGCACUAUAUAUUAUCAUGUCAUUACAACAGCUAAGGUUGACUACGGCAAAAAUGAGAGUGAAGAUUUAACAGAUUUUAACACAUCAAAACCAUUAAUGAAAGGAAGACAAUACUUUCGGAGUGGACAUGUUAAAGAUAUAAAACACAUAUCAAAAGAUGGCAUUCAAUUCAUUAAAUGCAUAGUGCAAGCUUCAUAUUCUGUUAAACAACACUACAAUGUGUCCAUCACCCUACAUGGAAAUUCCGGGAAAGUGCUUGAUGCCUCAUGUGACUGUAAGGCUUCUGCUAUGAGUAGGUGUAAUCAUAUUGCAGCUUUAUUAUUUGCCGUUGAUGACUACAUUUUGGAAUAUGUUCAUCACAUAGCUUCAACAUCUAAACUGUGUAGUUGGAACAAGGGGAGGAAGAACAAGCGUGAUCCUCAGCCUUGCCACACAGCCACAUAUAGCAAAAAAAUGAAACCAGACAGAAUUAUCCACUUUGAUCCAAGACCUGAACAGCAAGAUCACAAUUCCUUUAUAAAUAAUUUUAUUACAACACUACCUUCCUGUCAUUCAUCAACUAUGUUUCAACAAAUUCUUGAAAUAAAUUAUGAAGACUAUGAUGUGGAUAAAAGUCAGUUAACAUUAAGAUCUAAAUCUGCAUUGAAAUUAUUUAAAUCAACAAUAAAUGGCAGUGAACCCUACCAAAUAUGUAACACACAAACUCAAUCUGAGUCAGAGGAAUGGCACCGAAGUAGACUGUUACGCAUCACAGCAUCAACAGCAAAGGAGGUAGUACACGUAAAAACUGACCGUGGAAAGUAUCACUUAUUAAGGCGAUUACUCUGGGUAAUACUCUUCCGGACCUGAAAGCAUUGAAAUAUGGAAGAUCAAAUGAGCCAAAAGCGUUGCAUCAGUACAGGGCAAGUCUAGACAAGAAUAAAACUGUGGCAGCUACAGGACUCUGGAUUAACCCGAAAUAUCCAGAGCUUGGAUGUAGCCCUGAUGGCAUUGUCACAACUGAUGGAAAGCUUACCAGUGUUGUUGAAAUAAAAUGUCCUCUGGUGCUUGAAAACAUCCACCCAUAUGAUAUAGAUGAAUUGCAACCAAAACAGAGAUAUGCUCUUUGCUAUACUGUUACAGAUGGGAAAAUGAGUGUCAAGAAGACUCAUGCUUAUUUUUAUCAGGCACAAAUGCAAAUGGCAAUUUGUGAGACUGAUACAUGUGAUUUUAUCGUCUGGUCACCGAAAGGCAUAAUUGUUGAAACAAUCAAACGAGAUGUUGAAUUUUGGGAAAAAAUACUUCCUAAAAUGAUUGCUUUCCAUAACAACAUCCUUUUACCAGAAUAUUUGGAAAUGAGGGUACCCCGUCGUCUUAUGCCAUGUGAACUAGCUUUAGUGUAAAAACUGAGAACAGACAUUGUAUAAAUAGGUUUACAAUGUUUUAUUUAGUAUAUAGGAUUAGCAUUCACUUUUUGUAAGAUGUACACAAUAUAUACAUAAACAUAUAUACAAAAGUAACUUGAUCAAGUAGUAUAAAAAUUUGUAUUAUAUAAUAUUCAAGGUUUAAAUGAAUUAUACAUACACUAUUUGUAAUUUUAAUUAAUACUUUUUCAUUUUAUAUUGAAAAUAUUCUAUUUAUGAUUAAUAAAUAUGUACAUGUUCCAGAAACACUUUGUUUUUCCCUUUAUUUUACUUCACUAAUGGUUCCUGAUAGUUAACAAGAAAGCCUAUUA